UUGCUCUGCUCAUCUUCCCGCUCCUGGUCAGAAGGAGGCAGUAGUAUACGUCUACACUGAAGUACACUCCUCCUCCAGGGAUACUGGGCUUCUGUAAAUCCUGUUUGCAAAAGGCAGAGCGAUUCUUACAAUGGCGACCCUGCUUUUGAGCCCAUCCUCCCUCAGCCUUGCCUGCUUUCCCACCCUGUAAUGGCAGCGGUACCCUAACAGAGAGAGUUGUUACAACAGCAGUGAACAGAGAGAAAAGAAAGAGGGAUAUACAGUUUGUGCAAAGCGUGUGGAACCAGACUGAUCCUACACAGAGAGCUACAAACAAGAGAACGCUGGGCUUCCUUAAGAUGGGUGACCAAGAGCAGAGACAAACCGCGGGAUCAAGGUUAGGCGCAACUGAGAGUGCCGGCAUAAGUACCUUGGAACAUGGAACCAAACCACCUCUGUCGCCCCAGGGAAAGAUUUUCCCCUUCAAAGUGCAAAUGCUGGAUGAGACUGUAGAAACUAUAGAAGCUCCAAUAAGAGCACCUGGCAAAACCCUUCUAGAUGCUGUUUGCAGCCACCUUAACCUUGUUGAAGGUGAUUACUUUGGCCUUGAAUUCCAGGAUCAUAAGAAAAUUACGGUAUGGCUGGACCUUAUAAAACCCAUCAUAAAACAAAUAAGAAGGCCAAAGAAUGUUACUCUGAAAUUUGUUGUGAAGUUUUUUCCACCUGAUCACACUCAGCUGCUAGAAGAGUUAACAAGGUACCUGUUUGCAUUGCAAGUGAAGCAAGACUUGGCGCAAGGCAGACUAACGUGUAAUGAGAGCAGUGCUGCACUCCUAAUCUCUCACAUUGUCCAAUCGGAAAUUGGCGAUUUUGAUGAAGCACUUGACCAUGAGCACUUGGCGAAGAACAAAUACAUGCCUCAACAAGACGCUCUGGUAGAAAAGAUCAUGGAACUUCAUCUGAACCAUUUUGGCCAGACUCCAGCAGAAUCUGAUUUUCAGCUUUUAGAGAUCGCACGUCGGUUAGAGAUGUAUGGCAUCCGGUUGCACCCAGCCAAGGAUAGGGAGGGGACAAAAAUCAACCUUGCUGUAGCUAACACAGGGAUCCUAGUGUUUCAGGGUCACACGAAGAUAAAUGCAUUUAAUUGGGCAAAAGUUAGAAAACUAAGUUUCAAGAGAAAAAGGUUUCUGAUAAAAUUGCGUCCAGAUGCAAAUAGCUCCUAUCAAGACACGUUAGAAUUUAUGAUGGCCAGUCGUGAUUUUUGCAAAUCAUUUUGGAAAAUAUGUGUGGAAUACCAUGCCUUUUUUAGACUGUUUGAGGAACCUAAGCCAAAACCAAAGCCAGUUCUUUUUAGCAGAGGAUCAUCAUUUCGAUUCAGUGGUCGUACGCAAAAGCAAGUAUUGGACUAUGUCAAGGAAGGAGGGCAUAAAAAAGUACAGUUUGAGAGGAAGCACAGCAAGCUUUGUUCAAUAAGAAGUAAUUCUGCACAGCCAUCUGAUCAGAUUUUGGAGGUGCCAAAACAAAGUUUUGUACAAAGUCCUCAUUCAGAUGAUGCUCACACAGUACCGCAAGGGAAAGAACAGAAGGCGGAAGCAGAGUUGACCUUGCAUCGCAAAAGUCCAUCACCAAAGAAAAGCCCGGUAGACAAAAGAGCAAAAGACAUCGCCAAUGUGGCAGUGGAUGGAGAAGACAUUGCUGCCAAAGACCAUUCACAACAGAACAUAAAGAAUACACACCAGCCAAGCACAGGUUCUUUAACAGGAAGUCCACAUCUUUCAGAGAUAUCUAUUAGUUCACAAGGAGGAACGGCAGUUUUAAACUCUUCACUAUCUCCAAAUCUAAGUCCUGACGGCAAGCCUUCCUCGCCGCUUAUUAGUCCGUUGCUGAGCGAACCUAUCUGCAUUAGAACUGAUGAUGAGGAAGACAAUCGUAAAAAGCGAUUUCCUAUGGAUAAAGCCUAUUCUAUAGCAAAGGAAGUUUCAGCUACAGAGUGUACAUAUUUGAAAGACCUUGAAGUCAUCACAACGUGGUUUCAGAAUGCUGUAAACAAAGAUGAUUCUGUGUCAGAUUCAUUAAAAACCCUUGUAUUCUCCAAUUUUGAGCCUCUACAUAAAUUCCACAGUAAUUUCCUAAAAGAGGUUGAUCAAAGGCUUGCUCUGUGGGAAGGCCGAUCUAAUUCCCAUAUGAAAGGCGAAAAUCAGAGAAUCGGAGACAUCAUGCUGAAGAACAUACAGAAUAUGAAGCAACUCACCAAUAAUCUACAGAAACAUUAUGAAGUAUUAAUGGAGCUUGAAAAGGCAAUAAAAAACUCACGCAAAUUGGAGAUUCUAUGCAGAGACUUUGAGCAAGAGAAGGUCUGCUAUUUGCCCCUAAAUUCCUUUCUUCUUCAACCUUUACACCGAUUAAUGCACUACAAGCAGGUUAUGGAAAGGCUGUGCAAACAUUACUCUCCCAAUCAUGUGGAUUUCAGGGAUUCCAGAGCUGCUUUGGCAGAGAUCUCUGAACUGGUAGCUCAACUUCACGGCACAAUGAUAAAGAUGGCAAAUUUCCAGAAGCUACAUGAGCUUAGGAAAGAUGUGACGGGCAUUGACAAUCUGGCAACCCCAGGAAGGGAGUUCAUUAGACUGGGCAGUUUAAGCAAGUUGUCUGGGAAAGGCUUACAACAGCGCCUGUUCUUUUUGUUUAAUGAUGUUUUGUUGUAUACAAGCAGAGGACUAACGUCGUCCAAUCAGUUUAAAGUGCACGGACAACUCCCCCUUUACAAUAUGACAAUAGAAGAAAGUGAAAAGGAAUGGGGUGUACCGCACUGCCUGACAUUACGAAGUCAGAACCAAGCUAUAAUAGUCGCAGCCAGUUCUCAUGCUGAAAUGGAAAAGUGGAAAGAGGACAUUCAGAUGGCGAUUGAUCUGGCAGAAAACAGCGGUGGUCCUGUUCCCGAGCUCCUGGCUGGUAGCCCCCCUGAUGGCAAGUCCCCUGAGGAUGGACCCGCUGACCAGGAGUCUGAGGAUGAUCUGAGUGCCUCUCGCUCAUCUUUAGAAAAACAGUCACCUCAUCGAGGGAACACCACAGUCCAUGUUUGUUGGCAUCGAAACACUAGCGUCUCAAUGAUAGACUUCAGUUUUGCAGUGGAGAAUCAAUUAUCGGGAAACCUACUGAGAAAGUUUAAGAACAGCAAUGGAUGGCAAAAGCUUUGGGUGGUGUUUACAAACUUUUGCUUAUUCUUCUACAAAUCACACCAGGAUAACCAUCCAUUGGCCAGCCUGCCUUUGCUGGGGUAUUCACUCACUAUUCCCUCCGAAUCUGAGAAUAUUCACAAAGAUUAUGUCUUUAAACUUCACUUCAAAUCUCACGUCUACUAUUUCAGGGCUGAAAAUGAGUACACGUUUGACAGAUGGAUGGAAGUUAUCAGAAGUGCCACAGACUGUGCCCCUCGCUCCCGCCUUUUGAAUCUCAAAGAGUCGCACAUGUACUGAGGGCCGAAUCUUCCCCUUCUCUAAUAUUUCCAGCAGGAAUUUGAUACCAACCCCAGCUCUUGUUGAAUUUUUGUAAAGACAGCAGCUGUUUCACAGAACUAAAGAAUGCUGCUUUGCAAUGACUUUUUCAGCAUCAAGGGGAAUUUGUUUUUAAAUUUUUAUAAAUAGUUGACACGACAAUGCUCUGCUAUAAAUUAACCAGUCGCUGACAGCAGACAGACUCGUAUUCUGUACAAAACAUUUUGACAUUGUUUGAAUUAUUGUGUGCCAACAUUAAAAAAUACCUUGUCUCUAG